CGAGCUUUAUAUUUCCGGGGCUGCUUCAGGAAUGUAAACUAUUCAACAUGGAGACAGUUGAUAAGCUGGAGGCGAUGUUCCAGAAAGCAGAAGCUGAUAUAGAAUAUGUGGAAAAGCGGCUGAAAUUUGACUUCAUGGCCAAUGCGCGAGAAGCGGGCACGUUUGAGGGAAACCCUGUUCAGUUGCUGGAGAACCUGUCGGCGAUCAAAGCACGGCAUGCGGCCCUGUGCACGCAGGUGGAGGAGAUUACGGCUGAACAGAAACGAUCAAUGGAUUCAAUACGAGCUCACCUGGACACCACUGUGCAGCUGGUUCAACAGCUGCAGAACACAGCAGAUGUGCAGGUUCCACCGCUGACAAAAGAAGAACAAGAAGCGAGAGAUUUUCUCUGCUCAUCCAUCGCCGCAUUAAAUGUAGAGGAUGUGCCUACAGGAGAACCUCAAACUCAAGCACAGUCUGAAUCACAGAACGUGUGUGACGAGGUUUCUGAGGGGACUUUUGAGACCGUCCCACGGAGUGUACGUGGUAACUUGAAGCUGAAUGACCUCAACAUGCUCUAUAAGCAGUUAUCCGAGUACUUCUCCGAUAAGGACAGGGGGCCAAUAAGCACUCAGAGGAUGAAGAAGCUGAACAUGAAAGUCAGUGAUUCUGCAUUGAAGACCUUACAGCAUCUCAAAAUCAUUGAACUGGAUAAAAAAGGACUUGUGUCAUUGCUGGCAAAAACAGGAACAAAAUAGACAUCAAAACAUAUAAAUCAUCCAGUUCCUUCCACCUCUGUGCUGAAGUAUAUCCCUUCUUGCACUUUGAUUGGAUCAACCAUUUAGAACAAGAAUAAUGGCGACUUCAAAACACUUAAUAAACAUUGCAUCCAUAAAGUUAAAGUAUAUCCAUUAAUCAGAAUUGCAUACAUUUUAAAAGAAAAUAAUUUUAAGCACUAAACUUAUUUUUGGCUGUUAUUUACGUAUGCAGCCAUUUAUUAAAUUAGAUCAUGACCUGCUGUGGCAUCAUUAGGUUUGUAUAAGAAAGAAACUGUUCGCAUAAGAGUUUAUAUUUUUUGUAAAGUGAAGCAGGUGUUUAUGAAAUUUCAGAUCUUAGUGAAGCAAGGGAGACUAUUUGAAUGGUAAGAUUUUUAGAUAGGUUACGGUUAUAAAUAUUUUGAGUAUGCAAUAAAAUGUCUUUUCUUA